GAAGAAAUUAAGCGGAUUUCCAGUUGGAAAAUUUAUGCAAAUAUGGAAAUGUGAGGGCGAAAUCCAGGAAAAAAGAAAGCCAGUUGGAAAAUUUGAUGUUUUAAAGUCAACGGCGAUGCGCACACAAUCGGCUUCCCUUUGGAUGGAAUUAAGGAGUAAGGGGAAAGAUUUUAUGGAUAGAAAAUGA